UACGGCACAGCGCAUAGUAUUGUUAAACAUCUCGAGACCAGUCUCACCGCUAAAACCCGUCGCAACAGUUAUCGCAAGUUUACUAUCGCUUACGACCAGACCUAUUGUCAACGCCAGUAAACUCACGGUAAAACCAGUGCCCAUAGGGUUAACAUUGUUUGCGAGAACUAUGGCUACCAAUGAUCCGAAGACAGCGAAAAGUGUGUACGACUUCUCCGCCAAAGACAUCGACGGCAAUGAGGUGACUCUUGACAAAUACAAGGGCCACCCGUUGCUCGUGGUGAACGUGGCCAGCAAUUGCGGUCUCACCAAAAACAACUACAAACAGUUGAACGAAAUGUACGCCAACCACGAGGCGCAGGGCCUGCGGAUACUGGCCUUCCCUAGUAAUCAGUUCAACGGUCAGGAGCCCGGCUGCGACAUCGACAUCAAGGAGUUCGCCAAAAAGAACAAUGUCAAAUUCGACAUGAUGUCCAAGAUCGAUGUCAACGGUGAUAAAGCGCACCCCCUGUACAAGUGGUUGAAGGACCAGAAGGGUGGUAUACUGGGGUUCGACGCGAUCAAGUGGAAUUUCACCAAGUUCCUGGUGGACAAGGAUGGCCACCCUAUCAAACGCUACGGACCACAAGUGGAGCCCAAGGACAUCGAAAAGGAUGUUAAGGCACAGUUGUAG